AUGACCGUCGACAACACUAUCCAGUACGGCUUCGGCACACACGCCGUCCACGCCGGCGCCGCCGCAGACCCACACACCGGUGCCGUGAUUGCACCCAUCAGUCUUUCCACCACGUUUGCCCAAAGCGAGCCUUCCAAGCCCGUUGGCAUUUACGAGUACUCCAGGUCCGCCAACCCCAACAGAGACAACUUCGAGCAGGCGGUGGCGACGUUGGAAAAGGCCAAGUACGCCGUGGCCUUGGCCUCGGGCUCGGCCACCACGUCGUUGAUUCUCCAGUCGUUGCCCAUGGGCUCGCACGUGAUCUCGGGCGGAGACGUUUACGGCGGCACGCACAGAUACUUCACCAAGGUGGCCAACACGCACGGCGUCGAGGUUUCCUUUGUGGGCGACUUGGCCAAAGACGUACAGAGCGCGUUGCGCCCUGAGACUGCGUUGGUGUGGUUGGAGACGCCUUCGAACCCCACGUUGUCGGUCACGGACAUCGCUGCGGUCAGCGCUGUCUUGAAGGCACACAACGAGAAGCACGGCAAGAACGCGUUCAUGGUGGUCGACAACACGUUCUUGUCGCCUUACGUGUCCAACCCAUUGGUGCACGGUGCGGACGUGGUCAUCCACUCCAUCACCAAGUACAUCAACGGCCACUCCGACGUGGUGGGCGGUGUGUUGGCCACUAGCUCCGACGUCUUGCACGAGAAGUUCCGGUUCUUGCAGAACGCCAUCGGCUCCGUGCCCUCGCCCUUCGACUCGUGGUUGGCCCACAGAGGCUUGAAGACGUUGCACUUGCGUGUCAGACAGGCCAGCUCCUCGGCACAGAAGAUCGCCGAGUACUUGUCCCAACACGAGGGCAUCAUCAGCGUCAACUACCCCGGUCUCAAGAGCCACCCCAACCACGCGGUUGUGCUCAAGCAACACAGAGACGGCUUGGGAGGCGGUAUGAUUUCCUUCAGAAUCAAGGGCGGUGCCGACGCUGCGGCCAAGUUCACCUCCACGACCCAGUUGUUCACCUUGGCCGAGUCCUUGGGCGGCAUUGAGUCCUUGAUCGAGGUGCCUGCGGUGAUGACGCACGGCGGCAUUCCAAAGGCCGAGAGAGAGGCCAACGGUGUGUUUGACGACUUGGUCAGAGUCUCGGUCGGAAUCGAGGAGACCGACGACUUGUUGAACGACAUCAAGCAGGCUUUGGACAAGCUCGCCGCUUAG